UACCAAAGAGAAACGAUGCGCAACAAAAACUUCAGAAAGCGAACUCGCGACGAAGACCCAACCCCCGAAUCCGAAGACGAAGAAGAGCGCAGAUUAAAGCUAGACGAGGUGAAAUUCCUGCAGAAGCAAAGGGAGCGGAAGCUUGGGAUCCCGGCGGUCCUCGCCGGCAAGUCCGGAUCCAACAGACUGCAGGGGUCCGGCGAGAAAGGGGAUGGCGAUGGAGAGAAAGAGGAUUUGGUGCUUCAGGAUACUUUUGCUCAGGAGACCGCCGUCACUGUUGAAGACCCUAACAUGUUGAAGUACGUUGAGCAAGAACUGGCAAAAAGAAGAGGCAAGAGUGUUGAUUCAGGCGAUAAAGAGGAGAAAGAUCAGGUGGAUGAAUUGUAUGUUGUUCCUGAGCACCUUAAGGUAAAGAAGAGGAACUCUGAGGAAAGUUCCACACAGUGGACUACUGGGAUUGCAGAAAUUCAGCUCCCCAUCGAAUAUAAAUUGCGGAAUAUAGAAGAGACAGAGGCUGCCAAGAAGCUCUUGCAAGAGAAGAGGCUUGCAGGCAGAGCUAAAUCUGAACUGACUAUCCCCUCAAGCUUUAGUGCAGAUUAUUUUCAGCGUGGCCGAGACUACGCUGAAAAACUUCGAAGAGAAAGGCAAGCGACGAAAGAAAUAUUACUCGUCCAUGGAGAAAAGAGUGGGCGUGGAGUGGUUCAAGUUUAUGAUGAUGAAGUUAACAACAGCGUCUAUGGUGAUCACAUUGAAGCAUGCUGUUUUCUGUUGAGAUUAGAGCGUUGGAAUUACGAGAGCGAAGUAAAAGAAGAUAGUGAGGGAGCGAUAUUUUCUGGAAAGCUACAUGUGGGGAUCAGUAAUCUCGGUGUCUUCAGCGAGGAAGCCAACUCUUGUGUGGUUGAUAGGCUGGCUGAAGGAGCGUGGAAUUGCUAUUUUGGGAAAAGUUCGAAGUGGCAUUACAUGGGAAAUCUAUUGAAGGGGAGUGAAAACCAUGAAAUUUGAAUCAACUUGCGCUACAAUAUCAUCUUUUCUUCGCUCUAUUUGUGUCAUGGUUUCUUCUGAUAGCUUCAAACCAGGAAACGUGGUCAUGGCCUGUUCUAUUAUUCAUUGUGCUUCUUCAUAGCUAGCUUACGGAUAUGCUUUAGUCCUCCAAAUCCAAAAGAAAGGUUUUGUAACUUUGAUUCUGAGCGGGGGUGUUAUGAAGUUUAGUCUUGGUUCCCGUUCCUCUGUUUCUUGAUGCUAUUGUAAAUUUUGCUGCAGGAGAAUAUGGUCUCUCAUUUAUUGUUCGUGAGCUAAUUUUCGUUUGAUGGUCUUUCGGAUGCUGAAUUCAUAUAUUGUGUUCUUAGUUACUUUCA